CAGAACAGUGGGCGGGUCAUGAUGUUAUUGUCAGCUGUUAAAGCAUUUUCAUCGCUAUCAGUGCGGUCACUGGUCAGUACUGAUGCUCCACUUUGAUUUCAGUACGCUGCUAUGGAGAGCUCAGCCGAAGUUGGAAAGAUGUCAAGGCUGGUGUUGUCUCUGGUACUGCUUACAUCUGGGCUGGUUCGGUGCAGGCCGCCUAUUCUGGACAAGACACGACUGGACCCUGAAGUAGAUAUGAACAUUAGUGAGAUCAUCAGACAUUGGGGCUACCCAGCUGAAGAAUUUGAAGUGGUUACUGAGGAUGGGUACAUCCUGAGCAUCAACCGAAUCCCACACGGGGACAAAAACAAGGAUGGACAAGAAGCCAAGCCUGUAGUGUUCCUCCAACAUGGUCUUCUCGCAGCUGGAAGUAAUUGGGUGACAAACCUGCCCAACACCAGCCUGGGUUUCCUCCAAGCUGAUGCUGGAUUUAACGUGUGGCUAGGCAACAGCCGUGGGAACACCUGGUCCAGAAAACACGUUAGCCUUGAUCCUAAACAGAAAGAAUACUGGCAGUUCAGUCAUGAUGAACUGGCUAAGAAGGAUCUUCCUGCAGUGAUAAACUUCAUUACAAAGACCACUGGCCAGGAGCAAAUCUUUUAUGUGGGCCAUUCCCAGGGAACCACUAUAGCAUUCAUUGCUUUCUCUACGAUGCCGGAGCUGGCCAGCAAAAUCAAGAUGUUCUUUGCUCUGGCUCCUGUCGCCACAGUGGGGUUGACCAAAAGCCCCAUGAGCAAAUUGUCUGUUAUUCCAGAGUUUCUCAUUUGGGUGAGCAUUUUGUUUAAAACACUGUAUUGUAGCUCUGUUCCAGAAAACUAGAAAACUACCCCAUUGCCUACUUAGGCAGCUGCCAUUUAAGGAUCUGUCCUUUAAAAGAAAGGAUUUGGAAUGCUCUACAUAAGUA